AUGAUAGAUGCUUCUGCAGGAGGAUCGAUAAUGAAACUUGAUGUAUAUGAAGCAUAUGACUUGUAUGAAAGAAUAGCUGAGAAUCAAUCGAUGUGGCCAAUCGAUAGGAAAACUCCAAGGAAGACAGCAGGACGGCAUAAUGUAGAUGCAGUAAUAGCACUGGCUACACAAAUGGAAGUUCUUACAAUGAAAAUGGAUAAUCUAUCUCAGUCAGUUAAUAUGGUACAUCAAUCUCCACCGGUUUGUGAAGGUUGCGGAGCUAAUCAUAAUACUAUGCACUGCCCUCUGGCGUCUACAUAUGUUAACCAGUCUGAGGAAGUGAGAUAUGCGCAAAACUUUCAGAGACAGCAAAAUAGUUCCUUCUUUAAUCCGGGCCUCAAUCAAGAACUUGGAACAAUAGUGGGACAGAUUGCAGCUGCAUUAUCAGGUAGAGCUCAAGGGAUAUUACCUAGCAACACUGAGACAAACCCUAAGGACCAGGUUGAUGAAUUAGACAAAACAACAGAGGAAAAUCAAAUCGAGUCAUCGGGCAGUCCACGAGUUAAGACAAGCACUCCUAUCAAAGCAUAUGUGCCUCCAAUCCCAUUUCCACAGAGACUGCAAAAACAUAAGCUAACUAAGCAAUUUCAGAAAUUUUUGGAUGUAUUUAAGAAGGUGCACAUUAACAUACCGUUCGCUGAAGCCCUAGCUCAAAUGCCCAGCUACACCAAGAUUAUGAAAGACAUCUUAUCAAAAAAGAGGAAGCUAGAAGACAAUGAAACGGUCAUGCUUACUGAGGAGUGCAGCGCAAUUCUCCAACACAAAUUACCACUAAAACUAAAAGACCAAGGGAGUUUUACUAUUCCUUGUAAUAUUGGUAAUUUGUAUAUAGAUAAGGCAUUACGUGAUUUAGGAGCUAGCAUCAAUUUAAUGCCCUUAUCUCUUUUCAGGAAACUAGGGUUGGGGGAAGCAAAGGUGACUACAAUUUCUCUGCAGUUAGCCGAUAGGUCGAUCAAGCACCCGCGAGGUAUUUGUGAAGAUAUUUUUGUCAAGGCAGAUAAGUUUAUCUUCCCAUUGGACUUCAUUAUUCUGGAUAUGGAAGAAGAUCAGGAAGUCUCCUCAUAUUGGGUCGCCCAUUUUUGGCUACGGGAAGGGCUCUAA